CACUUCCUUCCUCCUCCCGUCCUUCUCUCUCACCUCCUACGCCCUUGUUCGGCUCCUCCCUCCUUCACUCUCCCUUUUACCCUCUUCCGAUCCUCUCUUUCUCACCUUCACUGUCUUUUUUUCACCUUUCUUAAUCCCUCUCUUCAUCUUCCUGGACAUUUUCCCGCUCCCAUCUAGCUCUCUCUCUCUCCUCCCUUCACACUUUCCUUGCAUCCCUCUUUUCCACCCUCCAUCCUUCUUCUCCUCUGUCUCUAAUGAGGGCCUGUUCAGCAGUCAUAAUCAGAGCAGAGGUUGGGUGAUGCGUCUCAUGCGCGUUUACUCCACCGCCUGUCAUCCGAUCUACGGGGCAACGUUUCCCCAGCGACAUCCAUGCGUGUUGUUAUGGGGACACUUUUCAGCACGACGGCUUUGAUCGCAGCCUCUCUCUCCCCGGGGACGUGAACUCACAUCACUGGGCCCAUCAGCUGCAGAUAAACACCGAUUGAACAUCUGAGAGUUUCAAACUUCCUCAACUCUCCCCCACAGACGCCGCUCGGCGGUGUUCAGAUUACCUCCAGGUGCUGUUUUGGUCGGGUUUGUUCUUUUUGUCGAUGGAUUUUUAUACAACCAAAGCAGCCUGCUGUUCGUACAUAAUGAGUGGAGUUGAAAUAUAUUUCCACGGCAAGUGUAAGUGAGUGGCUGUUUGUGUUGGACGAGAAUGGCUCUCUCCUGGUGUCUCUGCCUGGCCAUGGCCCUCUUUUCUGGUCCCGCCACCAUCCAUACCCUGGCACCCGAAAAUGAAGUGACAUUACACCCCACAACAUGGCUGAGUGAAAACAGGGUCACACCAGUACAUCUGCCUAAAGGACGCACUCGCAGACUGUAUUUCACGCUGAAGAAGAAAGCCGAUUUGCUGUCCGUUACUGUGAGCCCCUGUGCAGUGCCCAUCGAAUGGAGCUUGGCUGUUCGGACCCUUAAGGAUAAACCGCCUAAGAAAGCACACUGGAGCUCGAAGAAGAGCAUGCCAGAGGUUUGGUGGAGAGGUUCUGGAAGAGAGGUUAGGAUUUACACCUACACCGGCAAUGCUGUAGACACCUACACCGGUCCUGCCUACGCUCCAGCGUCCAUCUACAUCCUACGGCUGAAAUCAAAUGAACAGGACACGCAGGUGUCGGCGUACCUCCACGAAGGUCCUGGUCCCACGGGGGCUUUCCCAGAGCUGCCGUCGGACCCCAGAGUACACACGCUGGGAGUGGGCAUGACCAGUGUCACCUUAAACUGGGCUCCGAGCUCAUCCGUAGUUGUUAAAGAUGGUCACCGGCCACAUCACGAAUAUUGCGUCUUAGUCAACCACAAACACAACUAUAGAAGUCUUUGCGCUGCUCGUGAGGGAAUACGAAAGGAGAUACAGAGUGUGCAGAAGAGACAGAGGAGGGACAAACAAAGCAAGGAGAUUGUGUGGGCAACGCUUAAAGACUGGUGGUGGCGGCAGCCGGAUGCCCUUGAGAAUCGUGAAUCAUCCACGACUGACAAGUUUGAGGACCCUGGAUGUGUGUGCAGGGACAUCGAAAGCGUGUGCACGGUUUCAGACCUGCUUCCGGAUACGCAGUACUACUUUGACGUCUUCGUAGUGGACAGGGUUAACGGCACUAGUGCGCCCUACACCGGCACUUUCGCCCGCACACACGAGGAGGCUCGUCCUGCUGUCACAUCCUUACGGGAAGGCCAGGUCAAAUGGGUCACCCUGAGCGGGGACGCAAGCAGUCUACAGGGGGAUCAGUUCCGAUUUAAACCUCGUGGGUGGCAACAAAAUGGCCUCCUUACCUUGCACACCUGCAACAGCACUAGUAAAGUCAAGGUCACCGUCUCCAGUAAAGGACGGACUUUGACGUCUCAAGAGGUGGGACAUCAGCUUGCCCAGAUAUGGUUGCACGGUGCCCCAUCAUACCUCAUCCAGCUCCAGGCCGUGGCUCUAGGUUCCUCAUCGACGACCCCUAAUGGCGAUUCCAGCAAGUCCAAGUUCUGUCUCAAAAUGCAGGCGUCAUCGGCGUACCAUCGCCGAGCCGUGCCGGUGUUUCCCACCACACUACAAAUCAAGUCUUUCAACAAGUUGCGGACAUGCAACUCCGUCACUCUGGCCUGGAUGGGGACCGAAGAGCGGAGUCUCUAUUGCGUUUAUCGGAGGCAGAUCCCACUUGACAGCAAACACACCUCGACAGAUCGUUGCAUCGACCCAGAAUCCCGUCCUGCAAAUGAGAGAGUCCUCUGUAAGUAUUUCCAGGAGUUGAACCCACGCCGGGCGGUCACAACAGCGGUGAUCAGUGAACUGGAACCAGGGAUGCUAUAUGUGUUCGACGUUUAUCUUAUGAGACGCUGGGGACUUCCAAUUAAGUACCACAGCAAGACGGUGAGAACCAGAAGUGAAUGUUGAGUGGACAUUUCAGAAUUUUGCUCUCAGUGGAGAAGGACUCAAUGGAGAGACAUUACGCCACAGGGAAGCCAUUGUAAGGCCAGAGAGGGAACUAUGGGAGGGGCCUUGAUCUGGUGCAGUGGAGGUCGAACGUGACCACUGAAAGACAUAAACACAUAAUUAUGCCAACAUACAGACACACAAAAUACCGAGAGGUGAGACCAAGCUCACACCAGCAAAAACUAAUUUACUUUACGAUGUUCCCGUAUUAAUGUUUGUGUUGUUGUGUGUGAUGCCGUCUCUGUUGUUAAUUAUACAGUAUUGAGUGUCUGAAUAACAAAAACUCUCUCGUCUCUUACACAAAAGAGGACCGUGCCAAAAUAUGCAAGAGAAACAGCCGGAGGGCUUUGAGCACCAGUGCUAACCAGAGCUGUAUCAGAUCUCUCAAUCUGCCACCAGAAUCAGAAAGACACCAAGUGAGGAAGGGGCGAGAGAGAGCGAAAGAGCUGUGUGAAGUCAGUGUGUUGAUUAUGCUCUGCUAAAGCAUGCAGCAGGGAAAAACGAGUUAGCAGUUCGCUUCGUUGUCUGUGAUGUGAUUGUUGUGCUGCGCUUCUGCGCACUAAUAAAACACAGUUACCAACCAGACAUGAAAA